AAAUCAGGCUUUUGUCUAUCAAUGAAGAUACAGAGAAUUAUUCUCACAACUACAUUAGAAUCUAUAUGCUCAUAUUUAUCAUGGCAUCAAAGCUAGGAAAGAUCUGAGAACCAGUUUCCGCUGCAAUACAAUCCAGAGAAAAUACAACCCAGAGAAAACAUAGUAAUCAUGUCAAGAGAAAAUUCUCAACCUAUCACUGUCCGUUUUGAUGGAAUCAAUUACAAUCACUGGUCAUUCCUCAUGAGGAGUUUUCUUAAAGGAAAGAGUAUGUGGAAGUAUGUCGAUGGUAUAGAAAAGAAACCUACAACAAGCAGUUCUGUUGGAAAAGGGAAAGAAAAUGAAACACAGAAAAAGGAUCCAAAAGAAGAAUGGGAUAUUAACAAUCACAGGAUUCUCACUUGGAUUGGAAACACAAUCAUUCCUUCCAUAAGCAUGCAACUCACAAGUUUUGAGGUAGCCAAAGAUGCAUGGGAUUUUCUUUCGAAAAGGUACACCCAAAUCAACUUUGCUCAGAGGUAUAAACUCGAACAAGAUAUUAGAUCUAUGAAACAAUCGCAUGAUCAGUCUAUUUUUUUUUUUCAUUCUGAGAUGUCUUUAAUCUGGAAUCAAUUAGCACUCAUGGAACCAAUAUGGACCGUAGAUUUGGAAUUGUGGCAGAAGUAUAGAGAGGAAACACGUUUAGUUCAGUUUCUAAUGGCUUUGCGUGAUGAGUUUGAGUCUGUUAGGGCAUCAAUCCUUCAUCGUUCACCUCUUCCCACGGUGGAAGUUGCUUUGUCUGAACUUAUUACAGAAGAAACAAGGAAAAGAAUCACACCGGACAUAUCAGGAGUAUUUGUUGUGCCCUCACGAUCCAGCCCUAACAAUUUUCCAAGAAACUCAAAUGCUCAAGUGCAACGUGAUAUGUCUCAAGUACAGUGUCAUAACUGCAAGACCUUUGGACACUUGGCAAGGAACUGCAAUCUCCCAUCGGCCAAUACAUCACCUGCUGCCACAAUACCUGACACACCCACAACACAGUGUGGGUAUUGUAAGGAAUUUGGUCACUCAUCUAGAUUCUGCACCUCACCAACCUCAAGAAACAUGAGAAGGAUCAAUGCUAAUGGAGGAAACAAAUUCAAUACACCUACCAGAUUUACGGCAGCUCCAGUUUCAUCUGCAACAGAUCCAUAUGCAACAUCGACAACCUCAUCUGCAUUAGUUGUACCUGGUGGUGGUUCAACACCAAACCUUGCUGAUAUUCAAGAGAUGAUUAAACAAGCACUCUCAAUUGGUAACAAACCUACAGCUGCAUCUGCCUUCUCUAUCUCCUCAGGAUCUCAAAACCGGGAAGCUAGUUGGGAUAGGCUGUAAAAAUAAGGAAUUUAGUAUCCGUACGAAUCCACAGAGUGGUACAAGCCAUUCGCAAUUACCGAGAGCAAUGAAGUUCUUCUAUGGAUCACAAAAUAUUCAUCCGAUAAGUCAGAACCCAUCUACAUCUACUGUUAUGACCCUAACAAUUCUACUCUAAACAAAUCGUCCAUAGCCUACUUCCUCAUAUGAACACACUUGUUUCUUUGAAAGAGAUUGGAGAAUGCCAGGAGAAUGAUGGGAGCUAAACACUAUGACUAUUCCGUUCCAUUGCUUCAAUUAUCUAGAUAUAUCUGUUUUAAUUAUCUUUGAAAAAAAUUCGUACCGAUUGAUGUUUACUUCUUCUUAAACUUUUUGUCCACCGCCGAUAUAAACAUCUGUAUCCAAUCCAGCAUC